AUGGAUGGAGUCGAAUUAAAAAUAGUAGAUAAAUUUAAGCGUCUACUUUGUCUUGACAAGAUUGAAAAUUGGAAGUCAGUACCUUACGGCAAAGAGAUUCAUGAGGCUAGAGUCGAAUUCAACAAGGCAAAAAAAUUUAAAGCGAAAUUUAAGUGUCUACUUGCUCUUAGAGAGAUUGAAGACUGGAACAUACAUGGCACCACAGAGCUUGCAGAAGCUAGAAUCAGAUUCAAGAAGACAGAUAAAUGUGACAUGUUUUCCAUAAAGUUCAACAAUGGGCUAAUGGAGAUUUCACCUUUGAGCAUAGGAGAUCAAACAAAGACUUACUUACGAAAUCUAAUUGCAUAUGAGCAAUAUUGUGAUCGUGACAAUGGUUUUAAUUACGUCAGCAACUAUGUGCGUUUCAUGGAUGAUCUCAUUAACACUCCAAAGGAUGUUGAAUUACUCCAUCGAAGUGGAAUUAUCCAAAAUUAUUUGGGUGAUGAUGAAGUUAUUUCCACCAUGGUUAACAAGCUUUGUGACAAUAUCAAUUUUUCAACCACAAAGUCCAUUUAUGCUAGAACUUCCAUGGAUGUGAACAUGCAUUGCAGGAGACACAGGAAUGUAUGA